GGCAUGGUAGCAAAUGAGACUCUUGGUUACUACAUGGCUCGCAUUUAUCAGUACCUCCUGAAGAUUGGUAUCAACCCCAAGAAACUUAGAUUCAGACAGCAUCUAAGCAAUGAAAUGGCACAUUAUGCCUGUGACUGUUGGGAUGCAGAGUGCCUUACUUCAUACGGCUGGAUUGAGUGUGUGGGCUGUGCUGAUAGAAGUGCAUAUGAUCUUGGCCAACAUACUAAAGCAUCAGGUGUAAGGUUAAGUGUUGAGAGACCCUUGAAGGAGCCUCGCAUUGUGGAUGCAGUUGCAGCUGUACCAGACAAGGGAAUCAUUGGAAAGACUUUCAAGAAGGAUGCGAAAGCAGUCCAAGAAGCUCUGGCCUCGCUUUCAAACGAAGUGGCUGAGAAGAUGGACAAAGCUCUAAGUGAAGCUGGGGAAUAUGAAUUGAAUGGCUUCAAGUUGACAAGAGCUAUGGUACCUAGCUUUAAGAGAGAACAGAAGAAGGUCCAUGUGGAAGAAUAUAUCCCAAGUGUUGUUGAGCCUUCCUUUGGUGUGGGCAGAGUCCUGUAUAGCCUUCUGGAGCAUUCCUUCAGAGUAAGAGAAGAUGAUGACAAGAGGACCUACUUUUCACUGCCACCUAUUGUUGCACCUGUUAAAGUGUCUGUUCUGCCUCUCUCAAAUAAGCCUGAGUUUAUUCCCUUCACAGUCCAGCUAUCAAAUGACCUGACUGAACUAAAUAUCUCAUCAAGAAUUGAUGAUUCUACUGGAUCCAUUGGUCGUAGAUAUGCUCGAACAGACGAGAUUGCCAUUCCUUUUGGAGUUACCAUUGACUUCGAUACCUGUAAUAACACACCAAACACAGUAACAUUACGGGAAAGAGACAGCACUGAGCAAGUCCGCAUGCCGAUUGAAGAAGUUGCACCAACAGUGAGACUCCUUGCAGAUGGAAAAAUGGAAUGGAAACAAGUAACUGACAAAUGGCCCAAAUUUGUUGCACAAGAAACCACUAAAUGAAGAAAUGAAAAACAUUACCAGUAGAGAUUGUAAAUGUACAUCUUUUGUCCGAUGUUGAUACAGUACUGUGAAAUUAAAGGGUGUCUUACUUAUAUUUUUAUGGGUAUAGAUGUUAGGGGUCUUCAAGUGCCUCAUGAAUUAGCUUUACUUUUAGCACAGAUUAAAUUAUUACAGGUUGUGGAAAGAUCAUGAAAGUACACGUAGUGAAUUUAUAUAAAAGUUGAUUUGGGAUUAUAGAUGGUUAUUAUACCCUUUAAUACCAGAUUUAAAAAUCUGAUGAAAGAAAUGUAUAUGUUACUGUCUCUUUAUGUAAUAAAUAAAGAACUGUUAA